AUGCAACCGGACGUCGUUCUCAAGGCCGAAGCGGACGCUGAAUCUCCGGAGUCCAAUAUCAACGUCUCAAGUGCGAAGGAUAGCAAGAGCGGCCGUCCUCAAUCAAAAGCAGGCGCCGGACAGAAUGGCGGAGCCAACGGUCAAUUUCCACCGCCCAAGACGGACAAGCCGAGACCACACAUCUGCAACACUUGUGGAAGGUCGUUCGCGCGACUAGAGCACUUGAAACGACAUGAGCGGUCUCACACGAAAGAGAAGCCGUUCGAGUGCGCAGAAUGUACGCGGUGUUUUGCGCGGAGAGACCUGCUCCUGCGGCAUCAGCAGAAGUUGCAUUUGACUGGGACACCAUCUUCCAAGCCGCGCAGUGGAAGGCGAGAGAGUGUCAGCAGCGCUGGUGUGGCCAGCGGCAGAGUACGCAAGAACUCUAUGGCAAAUGGCGCCAGCGGUCCUAAUGGCACUGGGAUCGGCCAUAGGCCACGAGCAAACACGAUCAGCCACAUCGAUCUCUCGGGACUCGGUAUGAUGGACACUCCGAGCUUCAGUCGGCUGAAUGCUUUGGGCCUUGGCCAUGUGAACAUGGGCGGUCUGCCUGGCCCGAUGAACAUGGACUAUCGCGGCAUGUCGACCGCCAUGGGCUCUCACGGCAACAUGGGGCUGCCGAAGCUUGACACUCAUGCGUUGAACAAUAUGGACAUGACAAACUCCCUGCGGACGGCUCCUCCACAACCCAGUUUUGGCGGCUUCGACAUAGACCAGCUUUUCAAUCCAGGUACUACGGUGAACCCGGCACAGCUCCAUUUCGGCGGAUCCUCGUCUACGAACCAGUUCAACAUGCCACCGCUAGAGCCGUUUACUGUCCAUCCAGCGAUCGACCCACAAGCGCAAAACGACGAUUUUGGCUGGAUGAAGAACUGGCAUAUGCAAGUCUCGCAAGACGGAAACGAGAAUGCCAUUGACGAAUCGUCGCCUUCACGCAUGAGCAGUGGGGAUAGCCCUGGCGACUGGACAGAGAGUAUGAGCAACAGCACAGCCGCCAUGCCAAUUCAGAACAACUUUCAAUGGGAGCAGCAUGAAAUGCAGAGACGGCAGUCUAUGGGGACGGGGCCAUUUCACCUGGAUUCCUUAGGCACGGGGCUUCCGAACUUGGAAAUGCAGCCAAAUACCAUCUCUCCGAGCACGCUGCAUGACCCGACUCCAACGGCCGAUGCGUACUUUCAGCAGGCAAUGAUGCAGCAACAGCAGCAACAACAACAACUAUCCCAGCAGUUUCAGCAACAGCAACAAAACCUACAGCAACCCGAGAUGAUUCAAGGACAGCAACAAAAUUUCUUCCCGACACCGCUCUCGCAGUUCAACUCGGAUAGCCCUAGCAUGUCUUCAUCGUCCAUAACUGGAAGUAAUAGACAAAGCUCGGUGACCUCUGUUUCCACGGACUCCAUCACGGACGCCACGCGACAAGCGCUGCUCCUCACUCUAUCACAGCCCUCCGUGUUUGGCCACAAUCCUAGAAAGUACUCGCAGCCAAACAUCAGCUCCCCUCUCUCACCAAGUGGAGGAGCUCGAGGGUCGAUUCCAGGUCCCAGUCUCCCCAGCACUAAAGAAAUCCGACGAUUUGUAGAGGCGUUCAUCCAGUACGCGCAUCCGCAUAUCCCAGUCACGCACGUCCCGACACUAUCCUUCGAGUCUAUCGAAGCCAGCAUCAAGGGCGGGUCGCCCUCCAGCAGCCUGGGCGGUGGCGGCGUCGGGGGCGGUGCCGGAUGCCUCGUGCUGGGGAUGGCGGCCAUCGGCGCACUCUACGAAUACGAACAUCCGGCGUCUAAGGAACUCUUCAAUGCGGCGAAGAAGAUGAUCACGCUGUAUCUGGAGGAGAGGCGGAAGGCCGACGUGACCGCGGCAGUCAGCGGCUCGAACGCUGGAAGCGAUGGACAUCCCCAUACGCCCCUGUGGCUGGUUCAGGCCAUGUUUCUUAACGUGAUAUACGGUCAUCAGUGUGGGGAUAAGACGGCCGCGGACAUUGCGAGCAACCACUGCGCCGCCUUGGUCAGUCUCGCGCGCGCUGCUGAUCUCGCUCAGCCGCAGAGUACAGGCACGCCGAGUAGUGACGACGCGCAGAAUGGCACGAAUGAUGUGGAGAUGAGCGAGUCGAGCAUUGCACCUGGAGACAGCGUGUCGCGGCAUCAAAGCGCCGAGACGGACCUUCACACUCAAUGGAUCACGUGGAAGAAUGCGGAAGAGCGCAAGAGGACGCUUUUUGCAAUCUUCAUUGUGUCCAGCUUGUUGACGACGGCGUACAAUGCUACGCCAACAAUCAUGAACUCGGAGAUUCUGCUCGAUCUGCCUUGUGACGAGGAGCUGUACUCUGCUGGAAGCGCGCAGGAGUGGCAAGAUCGUGGUGGACUUGUUGCGGCAGAACAGAACACCAUGUCGUUCGCUACCGCGCUAAGCACGCUUCUCACAGCGAACCAGCGGCAAGGCAGGAACUACACUUCCACGGCGUACAACUCCAACAACCCACUCGGAGCGCUGCAAGCUGGUGAUGGCCUAACGGACAACGAUUUCAGGCCCAGCACGUUCGGAUGCCUCGUCCUCAUCAACGCUCUUCACAACUACAUCUGGGAGACUAGAAGCAGACAUCACGGAAGACAAUGGACGCCGCAGGAGACGGAGUCGAUGUUCUCACACAUUGAACCUGCGCUCAGCGCUUGGCUGGAGGCUUGGAAGUCGAACGAGCACCACAAACUCGAAAGACCGAAUCCGUUCGGCAUGGGACCGCUUUCAGCAGACAGCAUUCCACUGCUGGACCUCGCUUUCGUGCGGCUGUUCGUCAAUCUGGGGCGAUCUAAAGAGGCAUUCUGGCACCGCGACUUUGACCAGAUGGCCGAUGAGCUCGCUCACGGGUCGGAGAUUGUGCAGCACGCUGAAGGUACCCCAAGUGCACCAUCUGAGCAAGAAAGAUCGAACCGAGAUGGCAAUUCUCCUGCAAACAACGCUGUCCAGAGGCGACCUUCUCAGGACCCCAAUCCUGAACAAGCCAUCUCGAGGCGCGAACGCCAUCUCCGGAAAGCUGCGUACUACGCAGCGGAUUCUCUGACCAUGGCCUGCACCUACAGCCUCACAUACUGCGACGCCGCCUCGCACGAGCUCCCCGUUCAAUCGGCCAUGUGCUUCUUCGACUGCGCCCAAGUCCUAGCCGAAUGGGCCUGCACCGUCCAAGAACGCGUCGGAUGCUACCUCGGCGUCCUCGGCCGCGACCCUGUUGACUAUACCCAAGUCCCGGCUAUCAUGAUGCUGCAAGCAGAAGAUGUCGAGCUUUUCCGCAAAAUCGAGCGCAUCUGCGAGAGCUUUGAGGCAAAGCGGUUCCAGCACGAGAAUCUGUUGGCUAUGGAGACGCAGAGCUUGAGCGCUAUGAGUAACGUGAAUCUGGGAUUGUGUGGGUACGGGAGCAAGAUUUUGAGGAUCACGGCUAUGAUGUUGGAGAAGGCUGUCGUUUGGCCUGUUACACACGUCAUGGCUAAGGCCCUCGACACUCAGGCCGCCCACAUGGAUCGCCGGGCUGAGGAGUCCACGAUGUCCAACUGA